AUGGAUAUGGAGGAGCAGGCCAACGCCGCCGCCACUGCAGCGCGGGAAGGCGACCUCGCCGAUGUCGUGGCCCGUGCCAACUCAAUGCCCUACUCCGCCGGAGCCCGUCGCCAAGCACCACCACCACCUCCCCCUUGUGCGGCAGGUCGCGUCAUGAUCCCCUACGAGGAGGAGAGACAACGGCGGCCUGCGAACGUCGCCUGCGGCGGCGGCGAGGUUACCUUUGAGGCCCCGCCCUCAACCCUUGUGGUCGACCCAUACCUUCUGGCGGCGGCUGGCGGAUAUGGGCUGCCGCAGCAGCACCAGCACCAGCACCAGCAACUGCUGGCUUUCCAGAUCUCUGAGCAUGCGUGCUGCGCCGCCGCCGACAGCGACGACCCCAUGAGGAUCUCGCCACCGCCACCACCACCACCACCGGCUCCUCGUCAUCAGACGAUCACCAGAAAGAACGAUGUGAGGAAGGUGGUGUGCAUCCCGGCGCCACCGGUGAUGAGCAACCGGGCAGGAGGGGGAGGGGAGGUGAUUCCAUCUGAUCUAUGGGCAUGGAGGAAGUAUGGCCAGAAACCCAUCAAGGGCUCUCCUUAUCCAAGGGGUUACUACAGAUGCAGCAGCUCCAAGGGGUGCCUAGCCCGGAAGCAAGUGGAGCGCAGCCGCAGCGACCCCAACAUGCUGGUUAUCACCUACACGGCGGAGCACAACCACCCAUGGCCAAUGCAGCGCAACGUCCUUGCUGGAUACGCUCGUGCUCACACGCACACCGCUGCCAAGAAGCAGCAGAAGAUCAGCAGCAGUAGCUCCGCUGAUAAUGCCGCGAGCUCGUCCUCCAGCAACAGUUUCCACGUCGAGCAGAUCAAUCCUAUCUGCGGCGACCAGCUGCCCGUCAGUUGCAAGAUGCCGGAUAGCACGGCCACCGCCGGAGAUGGUGGUGGCCUGUUGUUUGAAGGCAUCCAGCCUGACGAGGUCUUUGCAGAGCUGGAGGAGUUGGAGACUGAUAAUAAUCCCAUGACGACAAGUGCAAACGUCUACGGAUCCAGGGGGCAACAAUUGGAUGCAGUAAUUUCCAUGAGAUUUGGUGGUAUGAAACUUCAGUAUUCUAAUUACAAUAUGAGAAUUAAAACUCAAGCACAUGUAGUUUAA